CAUAGCGAGAGAGGGAACACAAGCAGGGGGAGUGGGAGAGGGAGAAGCAGGCUUCCCGCCGAGCAGGGAGCCCGAUGUGGGGCUCGAUCCCCGGACACUGGGAUCAUGACCUGAGCCGAAGGCAGACGCUUAACGACUGAGCCACCCAGGCGCCCCUGUUUUUGUUUUUUUAAAGAUUAUUUGACAGACAGCGAGAGACAGCGAGAGAGGGAGAAGCAGGCUUUCUGCGGAGCAGGAAACCUGAUGUGGGCUUGAUCCCAGAACCCUGGGAUCAUGACCUGAGCCCUAGGCCCCUGGGAUCAUGAACUGAGCUGAAGGCAGACGCUUAACGACUGAGCCACCCAGGCACCCUUAUCUCAUGGUUUUAAUUUGCAUUUCCCUGAUGGUUAAUGAUUUUUUUUUUUUAAGAUUUUAUUUAUUUAUUUGAGAGAGAAUGAGAGACAGAGAGCAUGAGAGGGAGGAGGGUCAGAGGGAGAAGCAGACUCCCUGCCGAGCAGGGAGCCCGAUGCGGGACUCGAUCCCGGGACUCCAGGAUCAUGACCUGAGCCGAAGGCAGUCGCUUAACCAACUGAGCCACCCAGGCGCCUGGUUAAUGAUUUUUUUAUGUGUGCUUAGCCAUUCAUGUAUCUUUUUUCCGUAAAAUGCCUAUUCAUAUUUUUCUGUUUGUCUUAAAAUAGUUUAAUUUUUUUCAUUAUUGAGCGUUGAGAGUUACAUAUUGUGGAUACUGGUCUGCUAGGAGGUAUAUAAUAAUCUGAAAAUAAUUUCUCCAUUUUUGACUUAAUUUUCUUGAUCUUGCCUUUGUAGCAAAAGAGUUUUUAAUGUUAAUGAAGUUCAGCUUGUGCAUAUUCAGUUGAUUUUAUCUGUGGUAAGGGUCACAGUUUUGUUUUGUUUUUGCAUACGGAUAUCCAAAUUUCCUGCGUCCAUUUGUUGAAAGGGGCAGGUACCUUUAGCAGUGAAGCCUGCCCAAGCCCUGGGCGAUUCCGCCAGCAGACUGCAUGGGGCUGAGCAAAUGUGGUAGCGUGUUGGUGCUCCGUGGUGAACAAAGAAAGGAUGGUUGGAUUACCAAGGGCCUUGGUCUGGUCUCAGUUCCUUUUGGAGGUAAUUUGUGCCAGGGCUGGGUUUUUUGUGGCGACUCUGGGCCGUACUACGAUUCCCAGCAUGCACUGCGCUGGCCUGCCCUCUGCGGAGGGGCAAAGCUAGACAGACCUGGAAGUGUGGCUGCGAGGGAAAGGCUGGGACACGGUUUCUGGUACGGAGAUCGAUUUCUCAAGGUUUUGGCCUGCGCGAGGGACUAGCAAGCCGAACCGUGAGAAGUACUACCUCCCCACUCAGACACACCCCCCGUCCUCUGGCCCGCCGUAGCCUCCCUCUCCGAUCGGGACCGGACUCGUUUCUUCCUCAAGUUUCCCGCGGGGACUAACUCUUGAAGACGACCAACUGCAGCCGAGAGUUUUGCCGGCCGGGCCAACCAGAGGCGAGAUGGAAGAGGCGGGGGUGGGAGCCGCCAAAUUGUCUAGGAGAGAGUCCAUUUCUCCUGUAAAGGGCGAGUCGCCCUUCCUGGGACCCCGAGAGGAGCAAAGGAGCUGCGGGGGGGUGCGGAAGCGCAGGGACCCCUACCCGCUCGGGUGGGGACCGCGGCGGGGCCGGGCUUACCCUUCAGCGACCCCCUCCAGGUGUCCGGGCCCAGCCUCGGCCACCAUGUCGCACCAGACCCCUCUAGGCUCCUCAGUGCCACACGCCAGCUGCCUAAACCUGUGGAGGGAAAAGAAUGACGAGCUAGUUCGACAGGCCAAGGUGGCUCAGGACUCGGGUCUGUCUCUGAGGCGACAGCAGUUGGCUCAAGAUGCACUGGAAGGGUUCAGGGGACUCCUCCAUAGUCUGCGGGGGCUCCCUGCGGCUGUUCCUGUUCUCCCCUUGGAAUUGACUGUUACCUGCAAUUUCAUUACCCUGAGGGCGAGCCUGGCCCAGGGUUUCACUGAGGACCAGGCACAGGAUAUCCAACAGGGCUUGGAGAGAGUGCUGGAGACCCAGGAGCAGCUGGGGCCUAGACUGGAAUGUGGGCUCAGGGGGCUGUGGGACUCUGUUCUCCAUUAUUCCUCCCUUCUGCUGGAGCUGCUGCCUGCCCUUCAUCACCUGGCUGGCCUGCAGGCUGCCCUCUGGCUAAGCACUGACUGUCUUGGGGACUUGACCUUCCUGCUGCAGACCUUGAAUGGCAACCAGAGUGAGGCCUCUGAGAAUCUGCUGCGGCUUCUGAAAACUUGGAGCCCCCCAGCUGAGGAGUCAGAUGCUCCAUUGACCCUGCAGGAUGCCCGGGGCUUAAGGGAUGUCCUUCUUACUGCUUCUGCCUAUCGCCAAGGCCUCCGGGAGCUGAUCACAGGAAGUCUGCCCAGGGCACUGAGCAGCCUGCAAGAAGCAGCCUCAGGUCUGUGCCCACGGCCUGUGUUGGUCCAGGUGUACACGGCUCUGGGGACCUGUCUCCGUAAAAUGGGCAAUCCACAAAGAGCUCUGCUGUACUUGGUUGCAGCCCUGAAGGAGGGAUCAACCUGGGGUCCCCCGCUUCUGGAGGCCUCCAGGCUGUAUCGGCAACUGGGGAACACAGCAGCAGAGCUGGAGAGUCUGGAGCUGUUGGUUGAGGCCUUGAAUGUCACUCACAGUUCUGAAGCCCCCCAGCUUCUCAUCGAGGUAGAGUUAUUACUCCGCAGACUUCACCUAGCCUCACCCCUUCAUUGUGGCACACAGAGCCAGGCCAAGUACUUGCUAGCAAGCCGAUGCUUACACGUGGGAAGGGCAGAGGAUGCUGCAGAGCAUUACUUGGACCUGCUGGCUCUGGUGCUGGAUGGCUUGGAGCCAAAGUUCUCCCCACCCCCUUCCCCCGCAGGGCCUUCUAUGCCUGAGGUCUUCUUAGAGGCAGCGGCAGCACUGAUCCAGGCAGGCCGAGCCCAGGAUGCCUUGACUGUAUGUGAGGAGCUGCUCAGCCGCACGUCAUCUUUGCUUCCCAAGAUGCCCCAGCUGUGGGAAGAUGCCAGAAAAGGAACCAAGGAGUCACCACACUGCCCAUCCUGGGUCUCUGCCACCUACCUGCUUCAGGGUCAAGCCUGGGUGCAGCUGGGGGCCCAAAAAGAGGCAAUUAGUGAAUUUAGCCGGUGCCUUGAGCUGCUCUUCCGGGCCACUCCUAAGGACAAAGAACAAGGGCCUGCUUCCAAUGGUGAGAAGGGGUGUGUAUCAGAUAUGACACUACAACAGCUUCGGGCAGCUGCCCUGAUUAGUCGUGGACUGCAGUGGGUGGCCAGUGGCCAAGAUACCAAAGCCCUACAGGACUUCCUCCUCAGUGUGCAAAUGUGCCCAGGUAAUCAAGAUGCUUCCUUUCACCUGCUUCAGACUCUGAGGAGGAUGGAUCGGAGGGAUGAGGCCACUGCUCUCUGGUGGAGGCUAGAGGCCCAAACUAAGUUGCCACAGGAGAAUGCUGCAUGGUCUCUCCCCCUGUACCUAGAAACCUAUUUGGGCUGGAUUCGUUUCCCUGACCGUGAAACUCUUCUUGAGGAGUUUCAGACAUCUCUGCCGGAGCCUUGUGAUCUGUAGCUGCCACAUUUUAAAGAGCCUGAGCUGGGGCUCCAGUGGCCCAUUUCUCUGUGGGGAGGGUUUUCUGCUUUACCAUUCUUGGGGGAUGUGGGUGAAACUAAUCAUUCCUAUAUAAGUCUGGCAUUGGAGAAGUUGGUAGUAGUCCUGCAAAAUUUGGCCUAGUUACUGCCAUUCUGGUUCCAGAGAAAGCUCCCUUGCCACCAUAAAGGCAUUAACUUUGCUUAUGACACCUUUUUUCCUGUUUUCCUUUUAAUCGUGUUUAGUAAAAUCUCAUAUUUAUCUCGUUUGCCUACUACAUAUACUUGACUGGGAAGGCUCACAGCUGUCUGAUUCAGUUGAGUGCUGAUUAUCUAAGAUGCCCUCUCCCAACAUCAUCUGCCUUAUGAGAUUGAGUUCUGGGUAGAAGAAAGGGCCACAGGAAUCCUUGCAGUGGCUUUGGUUCUUUCUGUUGCCUAAAAGCCAGAGUCUCAAAGCCCAGGAUCCUGUGCAAGGUCACAGAAUGAGUGGAGCUGGGUCUGGAAGGUGGUCUGGGCAGGCCUCUCAGGACAAGGGCAGGUUUUUGAUUCUUAGAGGGGAGGGACAAGCAGACCUCUGAGUCUCUGAGUGACUCCCUACCCCAAUCCCAAAUUCUAGAAAUUAAUUUAAUCAGCAUGAUACCAGAGCUGUUUAUUGAAUUUAGUCAGGGCUAGCUGGCAUUUGGGGCCCAAGGACUUCAAGUCUCAGCAUGCAAUUUUCUUGCUGCUUUGGGUUCUGUUGAAUCUACUGUGUUCUGUGGUUGCCUUUUGACCCGUUUUUGGAGUUGAGUGCCCUCCCUCCUCUAACCAUUAAUAUAAAUACCCAGUGGUAAGAGGAAGCAUGUACCUCCAAGCCGUGAGGAAAUGUAAAGCCUAUGGGAUUAGGGUUACCAGAGGGUGCCACAACAAUAGGGUGGAAUGGAUUAAUAGCUGGGGUGCUAGUCAAAGGAUUCGGAGUAGGGAUGGCUGAAGCCAGCGUUUUGAAGGAGCCAAGAGAGGGGUUAGGGUGGAGCCUUAGGUUUGGGAAGAAAAUGGGUAUGCAGGUUAUCACUGCAGCAGGACUAGACUAAUACAUGGGUUCAAUCCAUUGUGCCAGCUUCCUCAGCAGGGUAAGAUCAAGAGCCAAUGAACUGGAGCCAAGUGGGAGAGUCCGCCUCCAAGGGAUUAAAGGCUCUUCUUUCGCCAGUCGAUCUGGCGCCAUCCUUUUCGUUGAUUGGUCGCGAAUCCCAAUCCGUCGAGGAAGCGUAGCGUUGCGGCCAAUUGACGUGGCGUUACUAGGCGUGUUGCAUCCCUGAGGCGGGAGCCAGGCCACAAGCGAAUUUCCUGAUUGGCUCUGGUCCGCGGGUUGCUGGGGAGAGGCGCGGAGAGGCGGGCGGGAGUCCCCAGGGCAGGCGCUGAUUGGCUGAGGUGAGAGCACCUCUCCUUCCGAUGAUUCGGCUCUUCUCGGUUCAGUCUCAGCGCAGCGUCUGCAGCCGUCGUUUGAGUCGUCGCUGCUGCUGCCCCCUCCCGGAUCAGGAGCUAGUGUAUACCGCCCGCCCACCGCCUCGGUUCCGCUAGGAGGAAGCGAGAAGGAGGCCGCCUGCGGGUUUGUCGCUGCUGCUUGCCCCCUGCCCGGGAGAGCCGAGCCCCGGCCCAGUCAGUCGCCUGCCACCCCUCGUAGCCGUUACCCUCGGGCCGCCACAGCCGCCGGCCGGGAGAGGCGCGCGCCAUGGCCUCUGGAGCUGAGUCAUCUUGAUGACUCUUACCUGAACUCCCUCCAAGUCCCCUGUGGCCCGCUGGAGUUCUGGAAAGGGCCUGACUCAUGCAGAAGACAAUGGGGGAUGUCCCCAAAGAGCCUCCAGGACUGCUGUUGGCCCACGAUCAGGCUGAAGCUCUCUUUUAGAGUUCAAAAGGUGAUGACUUAUCAACAGCCAUUCUUAAACAGAAGAACCGUCCCAAUCGAUUAAUUGUCGAUGAAGCCAUCAAUGAGGACAACAGUGUGGUGUCUUUGUCCCAGUGACCACAGAUAGAGUGGGGUUUACUGGGUAUUCUAGCCUCCAGGGCUGCUGCUUACCCCGGCCCAGUGACCCAAAGGCCUUAACCUUCUUUUCUCAGCCCAAGAUGGAUGAGCUGCAGUUGUUCCGAGGUGACACAGUCUUGCUGAAAGGAAAGAA